AUGACUCCAAUCGCUGCUACUCGCAUGUCACUUAACCUGGUUAUUACCUCUACUAAAGGGUCUUGGAUCCUCACUGUGGUGUAUAACUCCCAAAUCGUUUCCUCCCAAAGGCUUCUGUGGUUUACCUUGGCCGAUAUCAAUAGGAUCUGUCUUCCCUGGCUGAUAUUUGGCGACUUCAAUGCCAUCCUUUCCACUGAUGAUUUCAAAGGGGGAGCUUCUAACUCCUAUAUUUUUAAAUCUCGCUUCUUCUCUAACUUUGUUAAUUCUAACAACCUGAUGGAUAUAGGCUUUGUUGGUCCCCGCUUUACGUGGUGUAACAAUCAAUCGGGGUUUGCCCGCCGGUGGGCGCGGCUGGACCGUUGCUUAGCUAACCUGGACUGGAUCUCCAAAUUUUCUUCCUUGAAGAAUACCCACCUCCCCGGGGCCUGUUCUGAUCACUGCCCUCUCCUUCUCACAGCAAACUCUUUCAUCGCUCCUUCUUACUCUAUCUUCCGCUUUAAUAAUUUCUGGUUUGAGUAUAAUACUUGCCAUGAUAUUAUCAUUAAUUCUUUUGAAGCUGAUAACCACUCCUCUCCCAUGCAGUCCAUCCAGCAUUGCCUUUUCCGUGCUAAAAGAGACCUUCUUUCUUGGCGUCGGACUGGACACUGCUCAAUUGAUAUUGAAAUUUCAAACAUUGAGGCUGAAAUUAGCUUGAUGGAAGCCCGUGAGCUCCAGUCGAUGGAUCCGUGGCUUGUGGUCAAAUCUAGAAUUAAUUCUCUCCGCGACUUUUCGGGUAACAUUCUUACUUCCCGUGGGGACAUUGAAAAUUCUUUUCUUGAUCACUACCAAAAUCUUUGGUCCUCUCUUUCAACUCUUUCUCUUGACCAAACGUUUUCCAUCUUGCCUGAUGACUUCCCCACCCUGGCUUCCGAUGACAAGGAGGAUUUAAUCAAGCCUGUCACCAAGGGGGAGGUCUUCCGAACCCUUAGGUCCAUGCCUCGAGGGAAGUCACCGGGCCCUGAUGGUUUCAACGUUGAGUUUUAUCUUUUUUAUUGGAAUGUGUUGGGAGAUCAUAUCUUUAAAGCUAUCACUCACUUUUUCACCACAGCCAUUAUCCCCAGUUCUUGGGGCAAAACUUUCGUGGUCCUCAUUCCCAAGGUUGAUCACCCUCAAAAAGUCACUGAUUUUCGGCCCAUUUCCCUUUGUAAUGUCUGUUAUAAGCUCAUUUCUAAAAUCCUCGCCGAAAGGCUUAAGGUCAUUCUCCCUAAAUUAAUUGGCAUUGAGCAGUCUGGCUUUCUUGAGGGUCGUUCUACGUUUGAUAACAUUAUUGCCGUGCAUGAGUUGGCUCACUCGUUAGAAUUUGACAAGUCUAGCCCCCCUAGGAUGUUGGUCAAGGUUGACAUUGACAAAGCUUUCGAUACUGUGGAAUGGUCUACAAUUCUUGCAACCCUCCGUAGGAUGGGUUUCCCAGACAAAUGGAUUUCUUAG